GAGAUGAGUGCGGGACGGCUUGCGUCAUCAGUGUGCACCCGUUAGCGCCUCCACCCUCUUUUGGAGUAGGAAGUGUCUCCUGUCGCUUUCUGAUGAGAUCAUUGGCCGUGGACGUGGGACCUGAGUGGCACCUAGCCUUUGAAGGCUGUUGAAUUGGCUGUCAAUAUGGGAAGAACCUACAUUGUAGAAGAGACUGUUGGCCAGUAUCUUUCAAGCAUCAACCUCCAGGGAAAACCUUUUGUCUCUGGUCUUUUGAUAGGACAGUGUUCUUCACAAAAGGAUUAUGUGAUUCUUGCCACUAGAACACCACCCAAAGAGGAACAAAAUGACAACCUCAAAUAUCCAAGAGCUAAGUUGGAUAAUUUGGAUGAAGAAUGGGUCACAGAACAUGCCAGCCAGGUGUCCAGAAUGCUCCCUGGAGGACUUGUGGUUCUUGGAAUAUUUAUUAUCACAACUUUAGAGCUAGCAGAUGAUUUUCAAAAUGCCCUGCGCAGACUAAUAUUUUCUAUGGAAAAAUCUAUGAGUAGAAAAAGACUAUGGAAUGUCACAGAGGAUGAGGUCUCAGAACGAGUGACCCUUCACAUUUGUUCUUCUACAAAAAAAAUAUCUUGUCGAACUUAUGAUGUCCAUGAUCCAAAGAGUUCAGCAAGACCCGCAGAUUGGAAGUAUCAGAGUAGAGUGUCUGCCUCAUGGCUGUCUCUAGACUGUACUAUUCACGUUAACAUUCACAUCCCACUGUCGGCUACUUCUGUCAGUCACACUCUGGAAAAAAACACAAAGAGUGGACUGACACACUGGGCCAAGCAAAUAGAAAAUGGUGUUUAUCUGAUUAAUGGACAAGUUAAAGGCAACGACUGUGACCUAUUAGAAGGACAGAAGAAAAGUAGAGGAAAUACGCAAGCAACUGCUCAUUCUUUUGAUGUCCGAGUGCUAACACAGUUGCUCCUAAAUUCGGACCACAGAUCCACAGCCACAGUCCAGAUCUGUAGUGGUUCUGUAAACCUUCGGGGAAAUGUGAAAUGCAGAGCUUAUAUCCAUAGCAAUAGACCCAAAGUUAAAGAUGCUGUGCAGGCAGUGAAGAGAGACAUUCUGAACACAGUUGCUGAUCGCUGUGAAAUACUAUUUGAGGACCUGCAUUUGAAUGAAAUUCCAGAAAAGAAAAAUUAUGAACUUCCUCGGCGAGUUUUUGUUCCCCUUCCUGGAUCUACUGUAAUGUUAUGUGAUUAUAAAUUUGGUGAUGAAUCAGCUGAAGAAAUCAGAGACCAUUUUUCAGAGAUGUUAGAUCAUAAAAUUCAAAUAGAAGACUUGGAAAUUGCAGAGGAAAUAAACACAGCUUGUACGACUUCUCCUGUGAAUAGUGAGGCUUCACUGACCAACACAAGUGACGAGCAACCAGAACAACCAACAAAAACCAUAGGAAUGAAAAUUCAGCAAAACAUAGGUGUGCUCACAGCACUAGCUGUUGCAGUGCUUGCUGCAGGCAUCUCCUUCCAUUACUUCAGUGAUUAGGGAGUACCCCAAAGAGCUCCCUGACCAUCCAGAAAUCAUGGAUCAACAGCUACGGAAAAGACAUCAAUGGCCACCUGCACUGAAGCUAGCAAUGAGCUCUGCUACGAUAAUGUCUGUUAGAUGUGUUUCUGACAUGAAAUCACCAGCUGCCUUGUUUAGCCCUGCUUUUAUUAUCUGGCCUAGGUUUCCAAAAGUAAACUAUGCAUCUAAAUGGAGUUGCAUGUAACAAAUCACUAUUAUGUAUUUUCAGAAGGGUCAAAUGUGAACUAUUUAAGAGUUUAGUGCUUUAAAAAAAAAAA